AUGAGCUGUAAUGGCAUUGUGUCUGUCUCUCGCAUUCUUGGCCACGAUUAUGACGACGUGAAUCCUGUCGAUAGUCCUGAGCACCCUUGGAGGCGGCGCGUCAGGGGCCACUGCGGAAUCCUCCCCCCGGUGGAGAGCACGCUCAGCGUCGCCCCGUUCUCUUCUAAUUAUGGGGCGCUUUCUCCUGUAAGCGGAAGGUUCUCACGGGCGUGCUUCAGAAACAUGGGCGACCUGUUUGAUCCUUCGACGAGGAUGUACGCAGACAGGCUCAGCAGCUUUGUCCAUUUCGGGGAGGCACUCAAGAUGGACCCAGGGGUGGAGGUUACCUACUACAGCGUGGAUGCUCCCGUGACAGACCUUAUAAGCAGGGUUUACGAUCCAACAAGCCUAUGGAGCGACUUACACUAUAAAGCUGGUAGAAGACAUUACAAACUUGGUGAAUACAGUGACGAGCAACGGAUUAGGAACCGGAUACCCCCCUCGUUGGACUACGAAAUGCAACCCCAACACUGCAACAGGGAGUGCUGCAAGCACCUGAACAUCCGCUAUAGAGACGAAAGCGGGGAUAGGACCAGUCCCAUGUGCACCUCGUGUGGGAAAGGUCUUGGAACUUUCGUUCCGUCGUCCACCAACUCAAGCAUAUCCAACAGCCAGUGGUGA